GAGGAGCAGCAGCCGCGCGGAGCCGUUGAGCUCUUUCUCUGGUUCACCUCGCUAGUGUGUCUGUUUAUUUAUGUCGGAUUUGUGUUGUCCGGAGUAAGCCUGGCUGCGGGGACAUUUACGGCGGUAUGUCGGUGCUAAGGGAGAACCAGUGUUACGGACUGUCCAGCGGUACACUGAGCCGCGACGGUAACAUCUCUGUUUUUCAUGUCAAACUCACUGACAGCGCGGCAAGAGCCAUUGGCACCUUUCAAAAGGGCUGGUCCUCUCAUCCCACUAUCUGUUUUAGUGGAAACCAAGGGAGAAUCACCAUCCCUUGCUCAGAGAAAAGAGAUGAAGUGAGGAUAUUCACCUUCGGCGUGACGAAUGUAGCCCGUGACAAUCCACACGGAAGCUUUGACUGUGUCCAACAGCUCAGUGCAGGUGCUGCCGAGGAGCUGUCAUGUCUUGGGGUGAUUCAGAAAAAGAUGACAGUCAACGCUACAGAUGACUCGUACGAUAAGGCUCGUCAGAGCAUGGCCCAAGCUGAGGAGGAGACACGUAGCCGAGGGGCCAUUGUCAUCAAACAUGGGGGGCGCUACCAGGGCAAGAAGGUAACUGUGCGAGCCCCAGCGCCUGCGCUGGCCAGCCUGACCAAGCCCAAACAGUCAUCCCAGUCCUUCCUCAGCAACAGUAAGAGGGGGGAAAGUGUGUCCAAGUUGAAGAAGGGUGCUGGUGCGUCCAACAGGAGGAGUGUGGGUGUUGUGCAGGAGAGGCCGCUCAGGGAGAGAUUAACACACCUCCUGGCUCUGAGGCCGUACAAGAGGCCUGAGUUGAUCCUGAGGCUGCAGAAAGACGGAUUGUCAGCAGGAGACAAAGAUAUGCUGGACUCUGUACUGACGGAGGUGAUUUUUUUUUCUGUUUUGCCCAGACAAAUACAGGUUGGACAGCUCAACAGCAGGGACAAAACAUUUGUUCUGAAGGAGAGUCUAUAUAAGGACCUGCAGAAGGACUGGCCAGGCUAUACCUCAGGAGACCAGCAGCUGCUUAAAAGAAUCCUUGUCAGGAGACUGUUUCAGCCACAACAGAACCUCCUCACUGUCCCUGAGGCCCAGGUCAGCCCACUGCGAGACACCCCCAACUCCUCCCCAGCACAUCGUCCAAAACAUUCCUUGCCAGAGGAAUACACUGACCCUCUGGCCAGUAAGAAGCCCAGGAUAUCCCAUUUGUCUCGCAAAAUGGCCAGUGACAAGUCAAGAUUGAGACCAUCUGAACAAGUGGCUCAUAAAGACAUCAGCGAAGUGAGAGCGGAUGACGGCAAAAGGAAUGCACUUGACCCUCGAAAGCUGUUGGACUCCCUGUCAGCAGUAUGUCAGCAGGAAGAGGAGGUGGCUAAAAGGCUUGAGCCAACUCCAUGUGCCCAGGAGGAGCCUGAAAGCCCAGAUGACCAUCUUCAGCCCGACUCUGAUCGCCCUCCAUCCCCUCUGAUAGUGCCUGAUCUGAGUAGACACACAACAAAAAGGAAGAAGAGCAAACACAAACACAGAGACCAGGAGAAGGACAGGCGGAGAGAAAGUAAAGAAAGGAGAAAAGAUCACAGUUCAGAGGAUCCAAACAACAAAGUCUUGCUGGGCUGCCCAGAGCCAAGUGAAAUUUUCUUUGAUUCCAAUGUGCUUCAAGUGGACAAUGACACAGCAGAUUAUUUAUUGAUGUACACAGUGAUUUGCAGCCAUGACCAGAGGCAGAGCUACAAACAGGAUUUUAACAAGGAGUACAACGAGUACAGAGAUUUACAUGCUCGCAUUGAUGGUGUUACCCGGCAGUUCAUGGAGCUGGACACACAGCUCAAACAGCUUCACCAGGAAUCACGUAAAUACAAGACGGUUCGUAAUCAAAUUCUUCAAGAGUAUCGCAAAAUUAAAAAGUCCAACCCCAACUACAACCAGGACAAGAUUCGCUGUGAAUAUCUGCACAACAAACUGGCCCACAUCAAGAAACUCAUAUCAGAGUACGACCAACAGCAGCUCAGUGUGGAGCGUUCUUGUCCUAACUGAUGACUGACUCCGAGACAAGUGAACUUAGAGAUCAUAACAAACACCCUGAGCCAAGGGAGGUUCACGCUGCUGACCUAAAUGCCAUUGGAUGGAAUCGGAUGGUCGUGGCUAAAUGUAGUCUCUCAAGACCUGCUGAAGAUGCCAGUGAGGUUGGGAGUUGUUUGUUACGAGCAGCAGUUGGAAGUUGAGUGAACAGCUCUAUGAUAUGAGAUCUUGGUUUAGAAGAUGAGACAUCUUCUUUGAAAAAUGGUUUGACCAGUGAGCUGCUACUGCAGUGACAUGAUACUGCCAAGGACACAAGUAGUAACAAUAGUUUUACUAAAGGUCUGAAAGCUGAAACUGAGCUCUUACUCUUUAAAAUGAAAACGGUUACAUGUGGAGAGAUGGUGCUAAGCCUGAAAACACCUGUAGAUUCCCUUCCCCGUUACACAUUUUAGUUCUUUUGUGAAUGAAAUGUAAACAUCAAUUUGGAUAUUUGCUUAUGUGUUCUGUUAGCCAUGUCAAUGUUCACAUUUUGUGCUGGAAUAUGAGAUCACUGCACACUGUAUAUACCCAGACAGCUCAUAAGAAUGGAAGGUUAAGGUUUCUGGCAGCUGGGAUGCAGAUGUGCACAACUGUCCUUCAGUAUUCUGUCCUUCAGAGACUGUAUCAGUGUUGUUGUCGGUUCUCCUCUGAUCUGAUCUACUCAGUAAUGACUCCUGAAAGUAUUGCUGAUGCCUGAAAUGGUUACUAACUGUGGUCUGGAUUCAUAGUAUUCCAUUGGUGUUAUCCCUCAUGUGAUUUUCCUGGAACACAGAAGGCUGUUAUGUUGAACACAAUGUGAACUUGAAGUUAUAUUCAGGGAAUUUACAGUGUGAGUUGCAGUAAAAGUAUGAUAAUUAAAACCAGUUUUAAUUUUAGAGUAUUCAAAGUUAUGUUAUUAUUGUUUGUGUAGGCUGAGGCGGUGAAGAAUUAAAAAAUGAACAGAUUUUGUUGCAUGCUGUGUACUUUACAGAAUGCAUGAGGAGUAAAUCUGAGACGUUGUCUGACUUUCAAAUAAAUUCAUUUGUUAUUCAUUUUGUAUAAACUUUCCCCUAAUGCAUAAUGCUUCUUACAAACCCAACCAAAAAUCUUGCACCAAUUACAAAUACCUUAAAGUUAGAAAAUAUAAGUAAAGAAUGUUGUAAAUGAACAGAAACAGUUGAGAUGUUUUAAUUUGGUGGAUUAAAUCUUCAUUUAUUCUUGUUGAGCUCCAUAUCCAAAUAACAAAUUAUAUCAUGUACCAUAAUUUAUGGUACCACUGAAAAUUUUUAUUAUAAAAUAAUUCUGCCAGGUAGAUGCACAGUAGACAUACAGCUAAGAUAAAUCAACAAAGACAACCAGCAUAAACGUAUAACUUUUAUAUACAGGUAAGUAGCUAUAAUAUAUAGUAGAUACAGGUGGUUUGUGUUCAGCAUGUACAGUGCAGCCUUCUUAGCUUCACCUUUGAUUGCUUGACCAGAUAUUAUGUAAAUGCUAUUGCACAACCUGUAUAUUACCUUGUAUAUAAUGUGUACUGUAGGUGUCUUAAGAGUGUUACGACUGCUCUUAAUUAGUGCUUUAUGUAAGGCAGGUUUGCUAGAAGAGUCUGUCUGUUAAAGUUCAUCUUAUUAGCAUCCAUUCUAAAUCAGUAGGUGAGGUAAGUUAGCGGUCUGAGACACCAAUAUCUCAAAUCUCUAUUUAAUCAUAAAAGCUUAAAAUUAAAAUAUAAGUAAUGAAUAGUUGUAAAAAGUACCGUAUUAAGAAUGGGUGUCCUAAAAAAUCAAACAUGUAUGUCUGUUAGGGUUAAUGUCAAAUUCAAUCAGAUGUUAAUCAUUGAUUCAGUGUGUUGCCUGUUUGGGGGUGAUUAAACCAAAAUUUCAAAAAUG